UCCCUCCGGGAGUCCUCCACUUCCGCUGGGUCACUGUAGUCGCCACUCUCUCCCCCUAAAAGCUCCGAAGGCCGCUCCCUUCUCCAGUGCUGCACGUCCGCCCGCACUCGGUGGGUCAGACCAGCGACAUGGAGGGUUGUGUAGGGGAGGAAUCUUUCCAGCUGUGGGAGCUCAAUCGCCGCCUGGAGGCCUACCUGACCCGGGUAAAGACGCUGGAGGAGCAGAACCAGCUGCUCAGCGCGGAGCUUGGGGGACUCCGGGCGCAGUCCGGGGAUGCCUCCUGGCGGGCCCGAGCCGACGACGAGCUGGCAGCGCUGCGGGUCCUCGUCGAUCAGCGCUGGCGGGAGAAGCACGAGGCCGAGAUGCAGCGCGACAACCUGGCUGAAGAGCUGGAGGGCGUGGCGGGUCGGUGCCAGCAGGUGCGGCUCUCCCGGGACCGGACCAGCGAGGAGGUCGCCUGCAGCCGGCGUGCGCUCGAGGCGGAGAAGAGUGCGCAGGGCUGGCUGAGCACCCGGGUUGCGGAGCUGGAGCGAGAGUUAGAGGCUGUGCGGGCGGCGCACGAGGAAGAGCGCGCGCACCUGAACGCGCAGGCUGCCUGUGCGCCACCCCGGCUCGCCGCGCCGCCCCACGGACCGCCCGCUCGGGCCCCGGAGGUGGAGGAGCUGGCCCGACGGCUAGGCGAAGCGUGGCGCGGGGCGGUGCGCGACUACCAGGAACGCGUGGCUCACAUGGAGAGCUCCCUGGGCCAAGCCCGCGAGCGACUGGCCCGAGCCAUGCAGGGUGCUCGAGAGGGUCGCCUUGAGCUGCUGCAGCUGCAGGCUGAACGCGACGGCCUCCAGGAGCGCAGAGAGGCGCUGGAACAGAGGUUGGAGGGCCGCUGGCAGGACCGGCUGCAAGCCACUGAAAAGUUCCAGCUGGCUGUGGAUGCCCUGGAGCAGGAGAAGCAGGGCCUACAGAGCCAAAUUGCUCAGAUCCUGGAAGGUGGGCAGCAACUGGCACACCUCAAGAUGUCACUUAGUCUGGAGGUGGCUACAUACAGGACUCUGCUGGAGGCUGAGAAUUCCCGGUUGCAAACACCUGCCCGAAGUUCCCAGGCUUCCCGUGGCUUUCACGACCCCAAGCUGAAGCUGCAUUUCCUUCGGACACCAGAGGAUCAGCACCUGGGAUCUGUGCUCCCUGUCCUCAGUCCGACACCCCUCCCUUCCCCUGUGCCCAAUACCCUUGAGACGCCAGUGACAGCCUUUCGGAAGACCCAGGGAUUCCUUCAGGCCCAAACCCCCACCUUGGCCAGCACACCCAUCCCACCCAUGCCUGAGGCUCCCUGUCCUACAAAAGCAGAAGCCAGAGCCCAGGAUGCCCCUCGUUCCCUGCUGCAGACACAGGGUGGGAGGCAACAGGGUCCAGAGCUUCUCUGGACCAAAGCCACCGUGUCUGUUUCCACCAGUGAGGAGCCUGGGGGCAAGCAGCUCAGCCACUUACCCAAAGAUCUGACCUCCUCAGCCCACCCUGUGUUAGAGACUAAAGAUGAAGAAUCCAGUGAGUCUAGAGUGUCUAGCAUGUUCCAGGAAGAUGAAGGGCAAAUCUGGGAGCUAGUAGAGAAAGAAGCUGCCAUAGAGGUAAAAGGAGAGCAUAGCUCGGCACAGGAGACACAAGAAGAUGGUCUGGACAUGGAAGAAAUCCAGGAUUCCCAGGGUCCUUUGCAAAAGGAAACCCUAGAGGCUCCAGAAGAGAAGCCACUGAUGUCUAUGAAAAUCCAGAACCACGAGACACCAGGGAAGGAGAAUUGCAAUUCUCUGAGGUCUAUAGACCAGACCCUGGGAACUCUAAAAAGCUCAGAAGAAAAACAGACACUGCUGAAGUCUUUAGAAGAAAAGGAUGUAGAGUCAGAGAAAACUCUAGAAAGGGGGCUUCCUGAGCUGUCUAAGCCUUUAGGAAAAGAAGACCCAGGAAUUGAGGAUGAUCAAGAAUUAAUAUCUCCUGAAAGUACACUAGAGACUGUUUCAUCUAUAGGAAAAGAAAACCAAGAAGUAGUGAGAUCUUCAGAAGAGAACUUAGAGCCAUUGACAGCUUUUGAAAAGAAAAGCCAGCAUCCACUGGGAUGUCCAGAAGAAGAGAACCAGAUAGUUGAGAGGCUAAUAGAAAAGGAGGGUCAAGAGUUCCUGAGGUCUCUGGAAGAGGAGGACCAGGAGACCUAUAGAUGUCUGGAGAAAGAGAAUGGGGAGCCGUUAAAGUCUGUAGAAAAAGAGGACCAGUUGGUUGAGAGGCUGAUAGAAAAGGAGGGUCAGGAGUCCCCGAGGUCUCUGGAAGAGGAGGACCAGAGUAUUGUGAAGCCUCUAGAAAGAGAGAAUCAGGAAUCUCUGAGGUCUCUUGAUGAAAUCCAGGAGACCAUUAUACCACCAGGAAGCAAGAAUCAGAAGCAACUGAAAUCUCUAGAAAUAGAAGAGGAGCAGAGAAUUGUGAAACCUCUAGUAAAAGAAGUGGAGCUCCUGAGGUCUCUCGAAGACAGUGACCAGAUGACUGAGGGCCUGGUACAGGAUGAGACACAGGAGUCCCUGCGGUCUCAUAAAGAUAGAGACCAGGAGACCCAGGACCCACAGAGGUCUUUAGAAGACAAUGACCAGAUGACUGGGGGCCUGUUCCAAAACGAGAUUCAGGAGUCCCCGAGGUCUCAUAAAGACAGAGACCAGGAGACCCAGGACCCACAGAGGUCUCUAGAAGAAGAGGGCCAGGGGAUUGUGAACUAUCUAGAAAAAGAAGAUCAGGAGUUCCUGGGGUCUUUAGAAGAAGAGCAGCAGAUGGUCAAGCAAUCUCUAGAAAGGGAGAGCCAUAAACCACUGAGUUCUGUUGAAAAAAAGGACUGGAUGACUGAGAACCUAGACACAGAGAGUCAGGACUCGGGGAAGUCUUUUGAAGAUGAGAACCAGCAGAUCUUUAGAUCUCUGGGGAAAGAGACUCCAAAGUCCCUGUGGUCUCCUGAAGAGCGGGACCAAGAGAUACAGAGAUCUCUUCAACAAGAGACUGGACAGAUAGUGAGGGGUGUAGGGGAUGAGCAGCUGGCAGUGAGACAGCCAGAGUUAGAGACGCCUUUUGGAAGACAGAGCCCAGUGUCACUGGAAGGAAGAGCGGAGACAGUGAAGUCUUCAGACACAGAGAACAUAGAGCCACUGAAGAGUGCUGAGGCGGGCCUGCAGACAGUGAACUCUGUGCAAGUGCAAGAGCCAUUGUGGUCUCCAGAAGUGACUAGAGAGACAGCAAAACCUCUAGAAAAUGAAAUUCAGGAAUCACUGGGGUAUGUGUAUGGGAACCAAGAGACCCUGAGACCCCUUGAAAGGGAGAAUCAAGAAUUGAGAUCUCUGGGCAAGUGGAACCUAGAGACUGUGGACUCUCUAGAAGGGAUGGGGGCGGCUGGGCAGCAGCUGGAAGCAGAAGGCUGCCUAGAUAGGAAUGAGCAGCAAGAAUCAGCGAGGUCUCUGGCAGAGGUGGGGCAGGAGCUGCCUGGCUCUGGAAAGCAACAGAGGUGGGAGGACAUGGUGGAGGACGGAGCAGUGAAUCAGGACCCAGUCCUAGGGAGGACAGGCGUGGAAAGCGAGGAAGAGGCAGAGCUGCCCCUGACUGGGCAAAGUGGGAAGGAAGAAGCUGCUGAGGACAGGGAGCUAUGGCUACAAGUCACAGGGGAGGCCUGUAGCCUGGGGAGCUCUGAGCCCAAGGAGCAGAGGGUCCCCAGUGAGGAAGACAGCAGGAAGGGGAGCGCUGAGGCCUUCCAGGACAUGGAGGGACCACCAGAGCAGGUGGAGACCUUAGAGGUCCCAGUUGCCCAGGGAAUGCCAGAAGUGACAGAGCCCCUGUUGCAAGAUGAGGCUAUAGCCCUAACAGGUGAACAAGACUCCAAAGAGCUUGCCCUGGGCUCAGAGGCUGCUACCAGAGAUGGACUGGAGCAGGAAGUGAUAGGGUUAGGGGAGCCAAAGCAUCUGUCCAGGGAGGAGGCCAUGCACCCAUCACUGGGGGAGCAAAGUGUGGAGGUAAAGAUAGCUCAGGACUUGGAAGGACCAUCGGAGGCAGGCACUCUGGAGUCAGAGAUCUUUGACUUGCCCAAGACUAGCAGGGAUGCUCUAGAACCCAAGAGCUUCAAGGAGUCAGAGCCUGCGGUGGCCUGGGGAGUAGAGGAGGCCUCAGUGGAGACAGACCAUGAGGGCAGUGCUGUCCCUCAGCCCAGGCUCUCAGAGACAGAGGAAGAUGAGGAUGCACAGGCUGUACCGGCACUCCCUGGUCCCAAGUUCAUGGAACCUUCUUCAUACAUCCCAGCCCUGGAAGAUGCCUGUGAGCUGCAGCCCCAGGCUGAGGAAAUCCAGGAAGCUGGGUGGCAGCUAGGAGGUGGGUCUGAAGCUCUGAGGAAAGUAGGAGAUGAGCAAGAGUUUGGUCUGGGGGAGACUCCCGAGGGCCUCCAGGAUUGGGAGGAGAGCAGAGAAGAGAAUGAGGCAGAUGAGUUAGGAGAAACUCUCCCGGACUCUACUCCCCUGGGCCUCUACCUGAGGUCCCCUACCUCCCCAAAGUGGGACCUAGCUGGAGAGAAGAGGCUCUCCCCUCAAGGAGAAGCCAGGGAGGAAGGCUGGGGUCCUCCUGUCCUCAGCAACCCACCCGGGGAGGAGAAGCAAGGUCCUGACUCUGACCUGUCAUCUGAGGAAUUUGAGGACCUGGGGACUGAGGCCUCUUUUCUUCCAGGGGUUCCCAAGGGGGCGGCGGAUCAUCUGGGCCAGGUUCCUUCAGUACAGGAGCCUGAAUGCUGGGAUCAGGGCGGGGAGUCUGACGGCUUUGCUGAUGAAGAGGAGAGUGGGGAGGAGGGAGAAGAAGAGCAUGGGGAAGAGGCUGGGUCAGGGGCUCAGUGGUGGGGGCCAGGGCCCUCUGGUGGGGGUUUCAAGGUCCAGGAUAUCACCCAAAGAGGGGACCUCCUGGAACAGGGAUCUGUGGGUGUCAGUGGUCCUUGGGAUGAUGGCUUAAGAGGCACUGCAGCUAAUAGCUCUGUGACUGCCCUGGACACUGAGUCUCAGGACAGCGCUGAACCUUCUGGGUCAGAGGAGUCUGAGUCUGUUUCCUUGGAGGGAGAGGACCAUUUGGAUGCCCCCCAAGAGGUGACUAGCAUGGUCCCAGGGGUUGGAGAUACCCAGAGCCCCAACUCGGAGUUAGAGCACAUGAAUGGAAGGGUGGACAAUGGAUUGGAGCAGUCUGAGGGGCAGGAAGGUCUGGAUGGGGACCAGGACCAGGGACGCCUUUUACAGGAACAGGAAGUGGGUGCCCUAAAGGCCCCUUUGGUAGUUUCUCCUGUGCACCUAGGCCCAAGUCAGUCCCUGGAAUUCCCUCUGAGUGGAGUAGAUGGAGAUUCCUGGUCCUCAGAGGAAGACUAGAGAAUGCUUCUCUGGCUCUGAAGACUUAAUGGUAGAGGGGAUGUCCUUCCUGAUCUGGGCCAGAACCCUUAGCUUUGAUAGCUUGACCUGUGGUGUCCUGAAGAGGGGGCUGGCUGAGGGAGAUGAGGUCUUGUCAGGGCCUCCUGAAGGCUCAAGCCAGGUGAGCCCCUGUAGUUCUAGGCCGCCUUUCUUCUGCAUCUCACCUGCUGGAAGAAGCCUGGGCUCAGAGCUUUCGCAGGGGCUGCUCUGGCCAGGUCUUGUGAGCCCCGCCUGUCUACAGUAGUGCCAUCCCCACAAGGUCAGGCCUGGCCUAUGCCCAGAGGAGCUGAGGGCAGCAAUUAUGACUGACCUUUCACCUCAUCUCAGCCUGCUGAGACUUUGUUCUGCUCUUUCUUGAUUAAAUAAAGUUGCAUCCCUCCCUA